CUUCGUCCGGCAGUGGUGGCGGGAGGCGUAGGAGCGCGUCGUGCAUAAAGCGUUCCCGGGGUGCAGACGGCAUCGACCCGUGCGCCCUCCCCUCUCCAUCACUCGGAGAGGCUGGGAAGGAGGAGGAGCUGCUGUCUCCAUCUCUCUCGGGGUCCAGAAGUACCCCCUUUUUAUUUUCUCCUUUCCCUUCUGUCGGCGCCCCCCUCCCCCGGCUCCCUUCUUCCCUAUGCAUCAUUCUUGGAACCUUUGAUGCCCACUGCGAUUACCUUGGCUUGUUUUUAACCUAGUGCGGAAGAAGUGAACUGCUGCUGAUCACCCCCCCUUUUUUUUCCUGCAUGCAAUCUUUCUUUCUCGCUUAGAAGGGCUGAACCCCCUCCUCUCCCCUCCCCAGCCUUUGCCGCCGCUGGGUUUUCUCAUCUCCUGGGCUGGGAGGGAGAGAGGAGGAGGGAGAGGGGCUUUUCCUUGCCGUCGCCCCCCUCCCAUUUCUCCCUCAGUGGAUGGUGAAAGAAUUGAAGACUCUUGGAAGGAGAGAGUGAAGAAGAGGUGGGGACGGUGAGCAGCUACGAAGAAGAAAUAGCCGCUGCAACUGUACGUCUUGCGUGGACUAUCUGGCAACCUGGUUUUAUUUUUUUAAAUAUUUUUGCACAAACAUGCUGCCCCACAGAGUAGAAGUGGGGCUGUGGCUGCUUUUACUAGGAAUUUUGCACAUGCUAAUAGGGAUCGCCCCUGUUUUUACCCUUGAAGUAGAAGACUCCAUCAAAGUGAAACCUCCUAAUUCCCCGCGUGCGGAGUGGGUGCUGCAGCCUAGACCUACACCGCCCAAAGGGAGAGACCCGAAUGCUUGGAACCGGCUCAAGGACCAAUCUUUUGCACCGAAGACAUGUAGCCCCAAACAGUUUGCAUGUAAAGAUCAGAUCACGUGUAUAUCGAAGGGCUGGAGAUGUGAUGGAGAGAAGGAUUGUCCAGAUGGCUCUGAUGAAUCACCAGAUAUAUGUCCGCAGAACAAGGUGUCGAGGUGCCAUCCAAAUGAGCACAACUGCCUGGGCACUGACCUUUGCAUCCCCAUGACCAAGCUUUGCAAUGGCGAACGUGAUUGUGUAGAUGGUUCAGAUGAAGGCCCUCAUUGCAGAG